UUGUAUACGCAGUGGCGGCGCUUAUCUCAUAUGUUGCGGGUGUUCAUGACGUGUCAAUGGCAGAUCUUGGAAGCUCGAAUGUGUCAACGUCUGUAAGGUCUGGCUUGUCGAGCGGUGGAAGGACUCGCUAGCGAUAAAUAUUUAACGCAAAUGCGGUAGGAAGAAUAAGGGAUUCGCAAGGCCAGUCGAUCAAUCGGUAAUCAACGCAAUGAUAAUAAGCGAACGAUGUACUCUCUGAUGUAGUUGCGCGACAAAGUCGAGAGAAGCGAAUUUUUAGUGUGGGACGGCCAGCCACAAUACCGGACAAAAGCGACGAAACGACUGGCCGUAUUGUGCAAGUGAAGAGAAUCGCUGAGAACGGAGAAGAUGACGAGAACGAUAUUUAUAUUAUGUGCCUUGUACAUUAUACGAGGGGGUAACGCCUUCUAUUUGCCAGGCUUGGCACCGGUGAAUUUCUGCAUGGAUGCAACGAAAACAUGCAAGUCCGAUAUUAGUUUAUACGUAAAUCGUCUAAAUUCAGAACAAUCGGUUAUCCCAUACGAAUAUCAUCAUUUUGACUUCUGCUCUAUUGAUAAGAAGCAUCUGCCUGCAGAAAAUUUAGGUCAAAUUAUUUUUGGAGAACGUAUACGCCUUUCUUCUUACAAGUUAAAGUUUUUAAAAGAAGAGAGGUGUGCAACGGUUUGUCGGAAAACAUAUACCGGUGAUAAUGAAGAAGAUGAAAAGAAAUUACAACUUCUUAGAACAGGAAUGCAACUUUCCUAUCAACAUCAUUGGAUUGUCGAUAAUAUGCCGGUAACUUGGUGUUAUCCAUUAAAAGAUGAUUACCAAUAUUGUAGUAUCGGCUUCCCAAUGGGAUGUUACCUAAAAGAAUCUUGGACUCAACAAGAUAGUUGCAGCAUUGACCCAAGUAUGUACAAUAAACCUAAAACGUAUUACUUAUUUAAUCACGUCGAUUUAGUAAUAACAUAUCACAGUGGAGCGGAUGAGGAUUGGGGCACAGGGCCUAAAGAGAACAGCGGCCGCAUUAUAUCCAUUAAGGUUACGCCUCGCAGUAUUAAACAUGAUAAAAAUGUUGAUUGUCAAAGUAAAAUACCAUUAGAAAUACCCUCAGAGCCAUUGGGCCAAGGUCAAAAGCUAGAAAUUGCAUAUACUUACAGUGUUCAUUUCCAAAAAAAUAAUACGAUCAAAUGGUCAUCCAGGUGGGAUUACAUUCUCGAAUCAAUGCCGCACACAAAUAUCCAAUGGUUUAGUAUACUGAAUUCUCUGGUUAUUGUUUUAUUCUUAUCAGGAAUGGUUGGCAUGAUAAUGCUUCGAACAUUACACAAAGACAUUGCACGAUAUAAUCAAAUCGAAUCGGGCGAAGAUGCUCAAGAAGAAUUUGGAUGGAAGCUUGUCCAUGGUGAUGUUUUUCGACCACCGAGAAAAGGAAUGUUAUUGUCGGUACUUCUUGGCUCGGGUGUUCAAGUAUUCUUUAUGACUCUCGUUACAUUAGCUUUUGCGUGCCUUGGUUUCUUGUCACCGGCAAAUAGAGGAGCAUUAAUGACCUGUGCUAUGGUUUUGUACGUUUGUCUUGGUACAACAGCGGGUUACGUUUCCGCUCGAAUUUAUAAAAGUUUUGGGGGAGAAAAAUGGAAAUCAAAUGUUCUACUUACAUCAAUGUUGAGCCCAGGCCUAGUAUUUAGUUUAUUCUUUAUUAUGAAUCUUAUAUUUUGGGCUAAAGAUAGUUCGGCAGCAGUACCUUUUAGUACCCUCGUUACCAUUUUAGCUUUAUGGUUUGGUAUAUCUGUUCCUUUAACGUUUAUUGGGGCAUAUUUUGGUUUCAAAAAACGGGCUAUUGAACAUCCAGUUCGAACGAAUCAAAUACCUCGUCAAAUACCAGAGCAAAGCUUCUGUACGCAAGCUAUUCCCGGUGUUAUUAUGGGAGGUGUUUUACCCUUUGGUUGCAUAUUUAUUCAAUUAUUUUUUAUAUUGAAUUCAUUAUGGUCAAGUCAGAUGUAUUACAUGUUUGGAUUUCUAUUUUUGGUAUUUUUAAUUCUUGUAAUUACAUGCUCAAAAACUACAAUUCUUUUAUGUUACUUUCAUCUUUGUGCCGAGGAUUAUCACUGGUGGUGGCGUAGUUUUCUUACAUCGGGUUUCACGGCAUUUUAUUUAUUAGUUUAUUGCAUACAUUAUUUUGUAACGAAAUUGAAUAUUGAAGAUGCAACUUCUACUUUUCUUUAUUUUGGAUAUACAAUGAUUAUGGUUUAUCUGUUCUUCCUCUUGACAGGUUCUAUUGGCUUCUUUGCCAGUUUUUGGUUUGUUAGAAAAAUUUACAGUGUUGUUAAAGUCGACUAAAUAAUAUUCUAAAAAGUAAAAUUUUAUGAUUUUUUUGGAUUUCAAUCGUGUGUUAUUAUCAUAUGUUUUAG